AUGCUGGUCCCCAAUCAUUUUCGCCCCCCUCAUCAAGACCCUGACAACACUGUUCACAGCUGGUGCACUGAUACUCCCCUCGCCAAGUACGACCCCGACUUAGGCAGUCAUCUCAUACUCUGGGAUCCCCGUCUUCCCAUUCGUUUCCCACCAGGUUCCACCAUCCUCUUCCCAUUGGCAAUCAUCACCCACUCGACUUUGCCAAUUCAAAAGGGGGAGACUUGA